AUGGUGCAGACUGGUCCCCACUGCUGCCUGGGCUACACGCUGCUGCUCUGCAGCCUGAAGGCUGUGCUCCCCUUUCCCAACUCCUCUCCACUGCUGAGUCCCAGCUGGGGGAACGGAGACCGCCUGAUGCACCUCUACACCGACACAGAGAGGAACAGCUUCCAUCUCCAGAUCAACGCUGAUGGCUACAUUGAUGGUGCUCCUCACCAAACCAUUUACAGUGCCCUAAUGAUCAAGUCGGAGGGCGCUGGCUCAGUGAUCAUCAUCGGUGUGAAGAGCGGCCGCUACCUGUGCAUGGACAUGCAAGGAGCUGUUUUUGGUUCACAUUACUUCAGUCAAGAGGACUGCGUGUUCAACCACAGGACACUGGAAAAUGGCUACGAUGUGUACCAAUCUCCCAAAACCAACUUCCUAAUUAGCUUAGGCAGAGUGAAACAAGCCUUCUUCCCUGGUAUGAAUCCACCACCGUACUCCCAGUUUUUGUCCAGAAGAAAUGAGAUCCCUUUGUUUCGGUUUAACACGCUGGAGCCCCACAGAAAUACUAGAAGUGCUGACAUUGAUCCAACAGAUCCUCACCAGAUUCUGGUCCCACAGAGGAAGAUGUCCACGUUCAGAUCUCAGCUGCAGCAGCAAGCAGAUUUUGCCCACAUGCCCAGGGAGCCCGUGAGAAUCAACCAGAACGACGUGGUCAACCCAGAUGACCCCCAUGCCAUGAUGGAUGCCAGGAGGUACGCCAGCCCUCGCUUCUACAUCACCAGCUAA